GUCAAAUAACAUCUGGUAAAAAUUUUCCUUUUAAAACAUUUUGCGGCUGAAAAAAAUCCUAUAAAGUUAAAUAACACACCAAAAAAACAAUAAAAAAAAUAAAAUGUUAUCUACCAAAAUUCGUAUUGUAUUAAAUAAUAAAAAUGCCACCUUUAUGUGCAUGCAAUCAAAAGCAACUCGAUCAGUUAUUACACCAUUGUCCUCGGCUAACAAUCGAGAUCUACACAUCGCACAUUGUCGACAACCAAUCAGGACAAUCGAUCCUGCUAUUGUCUCAAAGUUGACACCUCUUUAUGGUUUAGCUAGCGUGCGUUUUGCCAGCGAAGAUGCUGCUGGUAAAAACAUCAUCGACCUCACACAAAUCCCAGAGGCUCCUCCUAUUCCAGAGCCACAGUCGCUAAGUGAAGUGGCUACACAGGUUCUUAAUGCAGCUGGAGAACCAACAUUUGCCUCAUUGGGAUUAGGUGGAUGGUCUCCAGUCGGCAUGGUCCAAAACUGCAUGGAAUACCUUCACAUUGGUCUCGAUGUGCCUUGGUGGGCGGCAAUCGCUAUCGGCACAGCCGUCGUCCGUACACUCAUCUUUCCCUUGGUCAUAGUUUCACAGAGAAACGCGGCAAAGAUGAACAAUCACAUGCCCCAGUUGCAGGUCUUGCAACUGAAGAUGACCGAAGCCCGUCAAACGGGCGAUGCCAUCGAGAGCGCACGCUACGCACAGGAAAUGAUGCUUUUCAUGAAGGAAAAGCAAUUGAAUCCACUGAAGAAUAUGGUUGUGCCAUUGGCACAAGCUCCACUCUUCAUUUCCUUUUUCAUGGGAUUGCGAGCAAUGGCCAACACUCCUGUGGAAUCACUGCGUGAUGGUGGUCUCUGGUGGUUCACAGAUCUGACUAUUGCAGAUCCUUACUUUCUUUUGCCAGCCAUCACGAGUGCUACACUCUAUUUAACCAUCGAAAUUGGAACAGACAGUGCACGUUUGUCGGCACAAAACAUGCACGUAAUGAAAUACGUGCUGCGUGCUCUGCCUGUUGUCAUCUUUCCCUUCACCAUGAACUUCCCAGCUGCCAUUCUAUGCUACUGGACUUGCAGUAAUUUCAUUUCUCUUGGACAAGUUGCCAUUUUGAAGAUUCCCGCUGUAAGAGAAUACUUCAAAAUCGACAAAUUGAUUACCCACAGACCAGAGAAUCUACCAAUGAAAAAGAAGAAAACUGGAUUCGUCUCAGGAAUUAAAGAAUCUUGGAGCAAUAUGAAAAUUACCCGACAAAUCGAAGAACGACAACAAAUUGAUCAGAUACGCUUUGCCAAGGCAGGCAGAGGCCCUCUAGUGAAGACAUUCAAAUACGAUCCAACCAAAGCACCACCCGCCACAACGGUGGAAGUGAAAAGAAAGGAUUAAUAGAACCUCCGCGCGGGUGUGGACUUUAAUUAGCUUUUAAGGAAUUCAAAAUAACAAAACUUGUAUAUGUACAGAAAAUAAAAAAAACUGUUACGCUUGCGUUUUUGUUAGGAAAAAUCAAUUGA